UUAUUUAUAUCCCUCUUUUUCUCCUAACUCUUCCCCUCAAGGUUCUUUUUUUCUCCCUCUCUCUCCUGCAUUUAGCAGGGGAAAGAGAGCCCUUCAAAGAAACCACACAACAUACAAAUCACCAUUAAAGGAGAUCAUUCUCAUUUUCGUUCUGUUCAUUUUGAAUGGAAAAUAAUUCAUCAAACAUUGUCGUCUCCAGCAACACAGUAACCGCCCUCGACAACAACCAGAAGAGUCAUAAUGGCUUUGUUCCAAAGAAAAAGAAGCGCGGUCCUAUGCACGUCUUUAGGGUUGCCUUGUAUAUGAUAAAGUCUAAUAAAUCAAAAAAAUCAAAAUCUGUCUCUGUUGGUACAGUCUCUAUAUGGAAGAAGCUUUUUGGUCUUGGCUCCAUGCGCCCUUUGCAAAUGCCGAGCGAUCCCCUUUCUCCUCCACUACAUUUGCUGGAGGGCGGCACCACCGGUACUGGUGUGCCGCCUGUACUAACAAGGUCCGUUGUUGAACAUCUUGAGGUUUUCACCCCACCUAUGUCACCAGCUCAAGCAAGUGUAGCUUCAUCAUCUUCAUGUGGGAUGAGUCAAUAUGCAUCGGCGACGAAUCUUCAAUUGCUUGAUGAGGGUGAUGAGAGCGACGAAGAUGAUCAAGAAGUUGAUAUUAAUGGUGAUAAAGGUGGUGAUGAGAUGAUUGACCUCAAGGCUGAGAAAUUUAUUGCUCAAUUCUAUCAACAAAUGAGGCUUCAAGAUGAGGCUUACGCUACUCGUUGCAACAGGCGGAUGAAUGGUGGUCAAUGAGUAUAAAAAGAUAUACUUUUGCAUGGGCCAUGCAUGAAUGAAUGAACUCAGUUUGUGUUCGUGCAUCUCUUUUUGAUCAAAAAAGAUAUUGGAGAAUGAGGGAGGAAGGGAAGAUGGCUGAGGAAAAAGAGAAAAAUAAUUACGGAUUAAUAAUGGCUUCUUUGUCGUUUGUUUGUGUGCAUGUGUGGUUUUCUUCUUUAUUUUUAUUUUCUUUUCUUUUCUUUUCUAAAGAAAAUUUAUGUGCUUGUGGUCAAUUUAUUCUUUUUAGGGUUUUAAUUAAGUGAUAAGGAAUAUAGUUCGUUUUGAUAUGGAUGAAUAUUUGGGGUAUAGGUUUAUGUCAUCAGUCUGUUCCUCUGUAAUCUCUUUUGCGACUUCUAUGUCGUUUUUGUUCUUCUUAUAUUGUAAUUUUCAUUCACUAAAUCAUUUUGUUUAUGUACCAAAAGGAUUAGGCAUAUGCGAGAAUGGAUCCAGAUUUUGGUUGAAGAUUAGGCAUAUGCAGCAUGGGUCCAGAUUUUGAAUGUAAUAAAUAAAUGUAAACAAGAAAGAGAUUCAUUUCUUCUAUCUUUAUUAAUUAAUUCAUUUAGUAUAUAUAUAAUAAUAUUAAUCGUUAUUUUUAUUUUUUAA